CAGUGAUUCGACAAGGACUGGUUCAAGGAUGACUGUGAAAAGGAAAUGUUUUGUACGGCCAGGAAGCUUGGUCAGCUGGACUUCUUGAUGGAUCGGUGCAUCAGGCUGCCGCCAAUGGGACGUCAAAUGACCACGACUACAAAAGAUCAGCGACAGCAGCUUCUUCUACCUCAUGCUCUUCCAUGAUUAGACCAUUGGUACUUUGUCUAGAAAGGACGCUGCUCAAGCAUGAGCUGGUUUCCGUGCUAGUUUCAAUAGGAAGCCAUGAACACAAAACAUUUCUCAUGCAAGAAGCACGGCAUCAGACCGCGCAUGCCUUCCAUUGGCCUUGCCCUUGUGCUGCUCAUCUCCUUGGCGUCUUGCGCCAGUUCCUGCACAGAGCUGGAGAGGACCUCCCUCCUCCAGUUCCUCACAGAGCUCUCGCAGGAUGCCGACCUCACCAAGUUUUGGCAAGGUACUGACUGCUGCGCAUGGGAAGGAAUCGCCUGCAACCAAAAUGGGACAGUCACCACAGUCUCGUUGCCUUACAAGGGCCUUGAGGGGCGUAUCUCGCAGUCCCUUGGGAACCUCACCGGCCUGCAGCACCUGAACUUGUCCUACAAUUCACUGUCCGGUGGCCUGCCGCCGGGAUUGGUGUCAUCCAGCAGCAUCAUUGUCCUCGACGUCAGCUUCAACCAGCUCAAUGGAGACCUGCAUGAGCUGCCAUCUUCAGCCCAUGGCCACUCUCUACAGGUACUUAACAUCUCAAGCAACUUGUUUACAGGGCAGUUUACAUCCACAACAUUGAAGGGGAUGGAGAAUUUGAUCUCACUCAAUGCCAGCAACAACAGCUUCACUGGGCAGAUUCCAAGUCAUUUCUGUAACAUAUCACCAUCCUUUAGUGUGCUUGAACUCUGUUACAACAAACUCAGUGGUGGUAUCCCCCCAGGACUCGGUAAUUGCUCCAAGCUCAGAGUGCUCAAGGCUGGGCACAACAACCUCAGCGGAAUUAUCCCUGAAGAACUCUUCAACGCCACCUUGUUGGAGCAUCUUUCUUUUUCCAGCAAUGGUUUACAAGGAAAACUUGAUGGCACACAUAUAGUCAAACUCAGCAAUAUGGCCAUCCUUGAUCUUGGAGAAAACAAUUUCAACGGCAUGAUUCCAGACUCCAUAGGUCAGCUCAAGAGAUUGCAGGAACUCCAUUUGGACUACAACAGCAUGUCUGGGGAGCUGCCACCAACCCUGAGCAAUUGCACAAAUCUCAUAACAAUUGACCUUAAGAGCAACACUUUCAGCGGUGAACUCAACAAGGUCAAUUUCGCCAACUUUCCCAAUCUAAAAACCGUAGAUCUUAUAUGGAACAACUUCAGUGGCACAAUUCCAGAAAGCAUAUACUCAUGCAGAAACCUCAUUGCACUACGGCUGUCUGCAAAUAAGUUCCAUGGAAAGUUAUCAGAAGGACUGGGCAAUCUGAAAUCCCUCUCCUUCCUGUCGCUCUCAAACAACAGUUUCUCAAAUAUAACAAAUGCACUUCAGAUAUUAAGAAGCUCCAAGAACCUCACCACCCUUCUUCUUGGGAUGAAUUUCAUGAACGAGACCAUGCCAGACGAUGCCAGAAUCGAUGGUUUUGACAAUCUUCAGGUUUUGGCCAUUGAGGAUUGCCUGUUGUCAGGGAAGAUACCCUUUUGGAUAUUAGAGCUAGCAAAUUUGGAGAUGUUGUUUUUGCGUGGUAAUCGACUCAGUGGACCAAUACCAACCUGGAUCAACACAUUGGACUACCUUUUCUAUUUAGACAUAUCAAACAACAGCCUUACUGGGGAAAUUCCGACAGCAUUAAUGACUAUGCCAAUGCUAGAGAAGACUGCAGCUCAUUUGGGCCCAAGGAUCUUUGAUCUGCCAGUUUAUGACACUCCAUCACUUCAAUACCGCAUACCGAUUGCUUUUCCUAAAGUGCUAAAUCUAAGCAGUAACAAAUUCACGGGUAUGAUUCCCCCAGAGAUUGGUCAGCUGAAAGCCCUCAUUUCACUCGAUAUCAGUUGCAACAACUUAACAGGACCGGUGCCCCUAUCCAUCGGCAAUCUCACAAACCUGCAGGUGCUAGAUUUAUCCAACAACAAUCUCACAGGUGAAAUCCCAGCUGCAUUACGUAACCUGAACUUCCUUUCCAAAUUCAAUGUUUCUAAUAAUAACCUCGAAGGGCCUAUUCCAACUGGUGGCCAAUUUAGUACAUUUCAGAAUUCUAGCUUUUAUGGGAAUCCAAAGUUGUGUGGCUCUAUGCUAGUUCGUCAAUGCAGUUCAGCUCAAGCACAUCCAGCCUUCACAAAAGAAAGAAAAAGGAAGGCAAUUUUUGCAAUUGCAUUUGGCGUGUUCUUUGCAGGGAUUGCCGUUGUUCUGUUGCUGGGGCUUCUCCUUGUCCUAAUCAGGUUAAAAAGUUUAACAUCCACAAAUAGAAGGGAGGAUAAUAGAGAUGUUCAAACAACUUCAUUCGACUCCAGCUCAGAGCACGAGCUGAUCAUGAUGCCACAAGUCAGGGGAGACAAAAAGCUCACAUUCUCUGACAUCGUGAAAGCUACAAAUAACUUCGACCAGGAGCACAUCAUUGGGUGCGGUGGUUAUGGGCUAGUCUAUAAAGCUGAGCUACCUGAUGGCUCCAAGCUCGCCAUCAAGAAGCUCAAUGGUGAAAUGUGCUUGAUGGAAAGGGAGUUCAAUGCAGAGGUUGAAGCGCUGUCCAUGGCACAUCAUGACCAUCUUGUGCCGCUGUGGGGAUAUGGCAUCCAGGGAAACUCGAGGUUCCUCAUAUACUCCUUUAUGGAGAAUGGCAGCCUGGACGAUUGGCUUCACAACAGGGAUGAUGAUGCCAGCACAUUUCUUGACUGGCCGACGAGGCUCAGGAUUGCGCAAGGAGCAAGUUGUGGCCUUUCUUAUAUCCAUAAUGUCUGCAAGCCUCACAUUGUCCACCGUGACAUCAAAUCCAGCAACAUCCUACUUGACAAGGAAUUAAAAGCUUAUGUUGCAGAUUUCGGGCUGUCAAGAUUGAUCCUUCCCAACAAAACUCAUGUCACGACCGAGUUGGUUGGCACUCUUGGUUACAUUCCUCCCGAGUAUGGGCAAGGGUGGGUAGCUACUCUGAGAGGCGAUAUAUACAGCUUUGGAGUUGUCCUGCUUGAGCUGCUCACAGGUUUGCGACCUGUUCCAGUCUUGUCGACAUCAAAAGAACUUGUCCCAUGGGUGCUGGAGAUGAGGUCUCAGGGAAAGCAGAUAGAGGUCCUGGAUCCAACACUCCGCGGCACAGGGCACGAAGAGCAAAUGCUUAAGGUGCUUGAGGUUGCUUGCAAAUGUGUGAACUAUAACCCUAGCAUGAGGCCACCUAUCAUGGAAGUAGUCUCAUGGCUGGAAAGCAUCAAUACUGGCCUGCAGACACAAAAGUCAGUUAAGAAAAAAUGCAGUUUUCCAGUUAUACAUGAGAAUCUUGUAGCUAAAUGAAUAGAUUAGAUGUAUCUUUCACUAGGGGUACUAGUUUUUAGUUAUAGGGCAUCUUAUACAGUUUCUUGUACAUAUUGAGACCUCUGAAAGACCUCUGAAAGAUUUUGAGGAAAGUAUUCAAACAGAUUAGCUCCCA